CACCACCCGUGGGAUAUAUUUUAGCCGACGCAUCAUGACGCGAUUAACCUCCCCGUAAAAUGGUAUAGUAAAAUGCAUCGUGAUCUCAUUGUGACUUUGCAGUGAUUUAGAAGAAGUACAAGUUUCAGACCAGUUUGUGGUGCUUUGAUCCUCCAUCAACCAUGUGAUUGCUGAGGAUAAAACAAUCAUUCUGCACAUAAUUCACCAGGUUGACAGAAACUGACUGAUUAUUGCCACAAUGGCAAUUUGUUCUCUUUACUGUGAUUUCAAUGAAACUUUGCUAAGUCUUGUGUCCAAAGACACCGGUCUACCAAGAUGCAUCAUGGGAACCAUUCCACCAGCUGUUCUGCUUCUGUUGAUGUUGUUGCUUGGUUUGGUUGAGUUGUUCAAGAAGAGAAGGCUACAGACUGAUAAUCACGGGAGAACUUUAUUGCCCGAUUUAGAAUCAAAUUCUGUGGAGGAAAUUAUCAGCGAUUUAGAAUCAAAUUCUGUGGAGGAAAUUAUCAGUGCACCAGGAAAAUCUUGUAAAUGCAGAAAGCCUUGCAGAUGUGUUAAAAAACAAUAUGAAAUGACUAGUAGUUCUAUUCAGGCAAUAACAAACCCUGCAGGAUUUGUUCAUGGAGAUAAUCGUACAUCAUUUUUGUACACUUUACAACAGUUCUUGCACAUUUGUCUUGUAUUUGUGCCUAUAGCUGACCUCAUAGUCAAAGGAACCAUAGAACCACAGAGAAUUCAAGGCUAUGUCAUGUUCAUGGAUGUUGCAAUGUUGCUUACCUGGAUGUUAACCUUCAGUGUUCUUCGUUCCCAAAGUGCAAGAUAUUUCAAGGCUCAUGUCAGUAGACAUUCCUUUGGUCUCUUGCUUUUUUGGUCAUUGGCAUUUGUUGUUGAGAAUUUGUCUUUCAUUUCAUGGAACAAUCCUCACUGGUGGUUUCAAAGAAGUACAAAAAUUAAAGAAGCUGAAUUUGGUUUGUUUAUAUCACGUUAUGUUCUUAAGUUGUUCAUCUUUCUUCUUGGAUUGAAAGGACCUGGUCUUUAUAAACCACUAGAAGUUCCUGUUGAGGAAGAGAAAAAGUUUCUGGAAGGAUCAACGGCAUUGGACCGUCGAGGAGAGUCAGCUUUUAAAGGUAUCUGGAAGAAAACAAAGUUGCUGUGGCCUUUCUUAUGGCCCUCAGACAGGUGGCUACAGGUAAGGGUUGUCCUGUGUUUCUUCAUUCUUGGCGCUGGAAGAGCUGGAAAUGUUCUUGUUCCAUUCAUGUACAAAAUUAUAGUGAACCGUCUCACACCUGGAAAGGAAGCAAAGAUAACAGAUCCAUGGCACCUGAUUUUGAUUUACGUAGCUUUAAGGUUUUUACAAGGAGGUGGUACUGGUGGUAUUGGUUUGUUGAAUAACAUCAAAUCCUUUCUGUGGAUAAAGAUCCAACAGUUUACCAGCAGAACUUUACAAGUGCAGCUCUUUGCUCAUCUACAUAGCCUGUCACUCCACUGGCAUUUGAAUCGUAAAACUGGCGAAGUUAUCAGAAUGGUGGACAGAGGAGCCAACAGUAUUUACAACCUUUUAAAUUACCUCCUGUUUACCAUUCUUCCCACUUUUGCUGAUAUUGGAGUAGCUGUUGUUUACUUCAUUGUUGCUUUCAAUGGCUGGUUUGGACUGUUGAUUUUCUUGACUAUGGCUUUGUACAUUGCCAUAACAGUUCUUAUCACUGAGUGGCGAACAAAGUAUCGACGUGAGAUGAAUGAGAAAGACAAUGCAGCCAAAGCAAAAGCUGUUGAUUCUUUAUUGAACUUUGAAACUGUGAAAUAUUACAGUGGAGAAGACUAUGAAGUAGAGAGACUGAACAUGGCUAUUGAAGACUAUCAGAAGUGUGAGUGGGACACCAUUGCCUCCCUUGCUCUUCUGAACACAGCACAAAACUCUGUAAUCACAGGUGGUCUUUUGGGCGGGACAUUGUACUGUGCCAAGUUGGUGACUGAUGGACAGCUUGGGGUUGGGGACUUUGUGUUAUUUGUAACAUACACACUUCAGCUCUAUGUGCCUCUCAAUUAUUUUGGAACUUACUACAGAAUGAUUCAGCAGUCAUUUAUUGACAUGGAAAACAUGUUUGAUCUCUUUCAACAGAAAAGACAGGUACUAGAUGUACCCCAUGCCCCAGAUCUACAAGUACCUAGUGGCCUGAUAGAGUUUCGACAAGUCAACUUUUCCUACAAUCCACAAAAACAAAUUCUGAAGGAUGUGACUUUCACAGUGUAUCCUGGUCAGACGUUAGCACUUGUUGGUCCAUCUGGGAGUGGUAAAAGUACCAUUAUACGACUUCUCUAUCGCUUCUAUGAUCUGGACUCGGGAACAAUCUCUGUUGAUGGACAAAAUAUCGCAGAGGUCACUCAGAAGUCUCUCCGUAAGGUCAUAGGAGUGGUUCCUCAGGACACAGUCCUAUUUAACAACAACAUAAGGUUCAACAUUCAAUAUGGCAGAAUAACCGCCUCUGAAACGGAGGUAGAGGAAGCCGCGGCAGCAGCCGACAUUCAUGAUAGGAUUUUAACUUUCCCCAAUGGUUAUCAGACAGUCGUUGGUGAGCGCGGGCUUAAACUAAGCGGAGGAGAGAAACAGCGUGUUGCAAUAGCCAGAACACUGCUGAAGAACCCGCCGCUUGUUCUCCUAGAUGAGGCAACCUCAGCGUUAGACACUCAGACUGAACGUAACAUUCAGGCCUCACUUAACAGAAUGUGCGUCAACAGAACUACAAUUGUAGUUGCCCACAGAUUAUCCACGAUUGUAAACGCAGAUCAGAUUCUUGUUGUGCGCGAGGGCGAGAUUAUCGAAAGAGGAAGACACGAGGAGUUGGUAUCAGAAGGCGGUGUGUAUGCGAACAUGUGGCUUCACCAACAGAAAGCAGAGGAUAAGGAAACAGACAACAGCAAUACAGACAGCCUGGAGGAAGAGAGCGGGCUGAUAUGAACGCAGAAUUGAAAUAUGAAGAAUUGUCUCAAGACCCUUACUUGACAAAAACAAAAAGAAACGCUUGGUUUGGGUAAAAUAUAGCGGAAAUAAAUGAAUGAAGUACAUGAUACAGCACCAAUGCUGGUCCAAUACUUGUGCCACGCUGUGCCUAUGCUUUCCCACUGAGUGCUAGCACAAUACCGAUGCUGGUUUUAAAAUUGAUAGUUGUAUAUAUUCAGCAGCACAUUAUUUAUUAGUGAGCUUCUAAGAUAUACAUGUAUUUCACAUCAACUUCAAGACAACGCUUUCGUUUCCCUGACUUUUAAGUUCCUGUUACACUGAGGAAAACUAUCUUGUUUAUGUGAGUAAACCUGAAAAUUUUUUCCACUUGUAAAGGUCUUUUAAGUGUUGGGCGUCAAAAAUAUCUUUGAAAUGAUGACUUGGUUACUUGAUAGCUUGGUAGUAUAAUAUGAUGUAACCACUUAAAUUGCUGUACUGGUUUCCGUUGGUCAAGUUCUAUUCUAAUUCUGUAAAAUUUAAAGCAAUAGUUCAUGAGAUAGUGACAAUAUUCAAGGAAAGCCGCCGAUUGCGGGCAUCGUGUAUCGGUUGUUGUAACCUUGUCUCACAAUUGUUAGAAAAUGCGAGUAACGUAACAAAUAAUGUUAGUUAGAGCACUGCUGCCGUCAAAUGAGCAGAAUCACUUUGGUUUCCUCUGUCUGUGUCAAAAAUGUUUGCCAAUCGGAAAUCUUUGCAAAGUCAAACAGAUACAAUAAUUUUCCCGUUUGCCAAACCAAGAAGGGGGUUAGGGACUCCUCCCAGACGGCUGUUCUUUUAGUGUGAUAAUGGUAGGAAUAAAAGGAAGGGAAACCGCUGACAACAUUUUCCUCCUCUUUAUUUAAUACUAUUUUACACAUUCAUUAUAUUUAUCCUAAGCGGAUACUCCCUAAGCCAGGACGAUAGAAGAUUAGUUUCCUACAAACACAAGUUUCAGUAAUUCGUUUUCCCGUUCACUCUGUUAUAUUCUGACUUGAUGUAUGGGAAAAGUGUAAAUACUGUAAUCUGAAAAUUGUUUUUUUCGCUUGUUUGUUCACAAGUCAUCCGUGUGAUACUUGAUCAGAAAUCCCCUAUAGGAUUUUUCAAGGAAAGGCUUCUAGGAAGAAAAUCUGUAUUUGCUGAGAGAGAGAGAGAGAGAGAGAGAGAGAGAGAGAUUCAUUUCCUCCAUUAUGAAUGUAAGCAUUUUAUUCGUAAUUAAGCUGGUUAGACGUGAUAAAACAACUCUCCCGGCAGUAUCUCGCCGACGACACAACUCACCUGUUUUCAUUUUCUAUAAGUACUUUUUCUGGCUCCCAAAGCAAACCUAGGAUAUCCUGCUUUUUGCCUUGAUAAGGUUGCCCUGCUCUGGUUUAAAGUCAAAAAGAGGCAAUAUAAUUUUGAUUGGUUCUGUCUUAUAAUCUAUUGGAGGAGAGACGCGUAGAUGACGUCGCCAUUUACAACUUUUUGCGUCUUAAUCAUAAAAUAAGUUGCCAUGAAUCUUUCUGUAAUAGAUGUGUGCCACUUUCUUGUUCUUAGCACAUUGACGUCAUUUGUGAUCUCUGACUGAACAACUUCCCUAUAAAAACUCCAACCUCA